CAUUGAAGCCCAUUUCCUCGUGUCGGUCGACUUGUCAAAUAGCUUCACAGUGAUCGAGGUCAAGAAACACAACAAUGCGUUUGGUACCGGUACAGCAUUUAUUAAUUUAAUUUUCACGUCUACCCAGCCUACAGUAAUAUCGUCACCAACCGGAUGUUUUCUCGGCGUGGAUUGUUGAAACAGGACCCUUCCCGAAAUCGCCGUCGUUACUCCACGAUCACUAGUCUCCCGCUAUAAGGGCGGAGACAAUGCCUCACACAUUUCCUGUGUCUCGCUACAUCAACUCAUGAUUCUGCGUGCCCUAUCGGUCUUCUGGCUUGUGAUGCUGGCACUGCAGGUUGACGCUUUCGAUACUCAGCUCUCUGCUGAGAAGACGACAAGGGGUAUUGAAGAUUUACUUGAUGGCGACGGCACAAGGUCACUGGCAUCCAUUCUUUCUGCGUGUUUCCUCACGAUCUUCGCGUGCGUAUACACCGCUGUCCACCCCAACAUACCCAGUCCAUACGACUCCACAUUCAAAGUCGCAUGUCGAAGGACGGCUAUCGUGAUUAUGGCUGUGCUAGCCCCAGAACUCAUUGUCGUCUGGGCGGCGCGCCAGUACGUCAGUGCUCGUGAGUUCACCAAGGAGAUGAACGAGUACAUCAAGAGCGAAUCGAUAUUGGUCGAUGAUCAGCGCACUCUACAUGGCUCAGUCGUGUCCGAGACCAUCACCGGAACAGUAGAGCAUCCCCAUAGCCCGCUUCUUCCGACCAGUGCAGGUAUCCCUCGAAAAAGCCAGAACGUCGACUACGAGAAGCGUUGGGGCUGGUUUCGGCCAAGACUCUUGAGUGAUGAUGCUUGGUCGCACGAGCACAGCUUCUUCGCUUACAUGGGCGGCUUCAUGCUGUACUACGAAGGUAAACCAUGGUGCAGGAUCUCUCCUCCUAACUUGCUCAAGGCUCUCCGAGCCGGCUCCAUCACGGCCGACAUCACAAAAGCCGAGAUCAGCGAUUGUAGCAAGGGCGACUUUAUCUCCAAGGGAGUUGUCAUUCUCCAGGUGACUUGGUUCGCUAUUCAGCUCUUGGCUCGAGUCGCGAACGGCGUUUACGUUGCUCCGUUGGAGUGGGGUACUCUCGCUUUCGCGCUCCUGAGCUUCUUCACAUAUGUACUCUGGUGGAAGAAACCCCUGGACGUGUUCUAUCCUCGACGCGUCCGCUGGAUCGGUCAAGGAGACCCUCCUACUGACUUGCACAUCGACGAUCUUCAUCCUGCAGGUGGCACCCAUCAGCUAUCCGAUGACGCUUUCUCGCCCUUGGUCCGCCGUCUCCUCGCACCUAUACACUUUACGUUACAAAUGAUAGGCCUGUGGGAGGAGAACGACCGAUUUAGGGUCGAUACGUUUGGAGGUGACGACAUUGACCUCUUUGGAGGCCAAACUGCCCUGUCGAGGAAGACUGUCGGUAUCGGGACGGCGGCAUGGACUAUCUUUGGCAUAGUCAACGCCAUCGCAGGAAGGUAUCAGUUCCCCACACACUCGGAGCAGGUCUCAUGGGUCGCAAUUUCCGCCACGAUGCCUAGUAUGCCAUACUGGCCAGUCUGGACGGCAUGGGUCAUCAACCAGUUUCGCUCAUGCCAAUUGCGGGAUGAUUCGACUGCCUUGUGGGUUAUUAUGUGCUUUACUUGGUUCGCCUACGUAGUGUGCCGGGUUAUUCUCAUCUCCUUGAUGUUCGCCUCCCUGCGUCAACUUCCUUUAGACGCUUACAAGGUGUUACCUUGGACAGGGUACAUUCCUCAUCUAUAGUAGUCUGCCCAGCCUUCCGUGGCGAUAGACAUUCAUGUUUCUUCGAUGUAUUUUGUCAUAUGCCCAGUCGCGCAUCUUAAAUUGUUGGAGGA